AUGAUUGACGGGUUUCUCAAUCCAAAUAAUGGUGGGAUGAAAGAAAUUUUACUAAAACAAAAAGAAGGAAAAACUGUGACUCCCACAAGUAAAAAACUGCUUAACUCAACCAAUUAUUUAAAUAAUUCAAAUUUCAAUAAUAUGGAAGUAGAAAUUAGAAAAAGUAAAUUAAAUUUAAAAUCAAGAAUGAUAGAUGAAAAUGAAAGUGAAUUUAUAAAAUAAUAAUAACCUCUUAACUUCAGACUGGAAUAUUCAGAAAUAUUACACUUAGACAACAACAAAAAAAAUAAAAACAAAAUUCUGAAUAAUUUAUAAUAAGAAAGUGAAGAUCUGAUAAAUGAAUAAAUGUAAAGAAAAACAGAGAAGGAAUUCUUUUUAAAAUAAUAAAAUAUUCUAGAAAAUAGCAUAUAACUAAAUUCAUAAGCAAAUCUAUCAACAAGAGGAAAAACAUGUCAAAACAGUGAUGAAGAUGAAACUUGCUGUAAUACCGAAAAAAAAGCAAGAGGAAGACCCAAAAAAAACUUAAAUGGUUCAGACCCCAAAUAAGAAAAUUAAACUUCACUUCAUCGUCAGUACAUCAUACAAAAAAAUAAACUAAAGAAAACGACAGAUCCAAAGUAAUAGCAAUGA